AUGUCAAUUAGAGACUUAUAUCAUGCGAGGGCUUCCCCGUUUAUAUCGUUAGAAUUUUUCCCCCCAAAGACUGAGUUAGGGACAAGUAACUUAAUGGAACGUAUGCAUCGUAUGACUGCUUUAGAUCCGUUGUUUAUCACAGUUACCUGGGGAGCUGGUGGCACUACUGCUGAAAAGACUCUGGCAUUAGCUUCCUUGGCGCAGCAGACACUAAAUAUACCAGUUUGUAUGCAUUUAACUUGCACCAACACAGACAAAUCCAUCAUUGAUGAUGCGCUGGAUAGAUGUCAUAACGCAGGGAUCAGGAAUAUUCUGGCCCUUCGAGGUGACCCACCCAUUGGGGAAGAUUGGCUAGAUUCUCAAUCGAACGACUCACCUUUCAAGUAUGCAGUUGACUUAGUUCGUUAUAUCAAACAAAGUUAUGGGGACACGUUUUGUGUCGGUGUUGCUGCAUAUCCAGAAGGACAUUGUGAAGGGGAAGCAGAAGGUCACGAGCAAGAUCCACUGAAGGAUUUAGUAUAUUUGAAAGAAAAAGUUGACGCUGGGGCGGAUUUCGUGAUCACACAACUAUUUUAUGACGUUGAAAAAUUCCUAGCUUUUGAAACAUUAUUUCGCGAGCAAAUUUCGCAAGAUUUGCCUCUUUUUCCUGGGCUGAUGCCUAUCAACUCCUAUCUGCUCUUCCACAGAGCAGCAAAGUUGUCACAUGCAUCUAUUCCACCUACUAUACUGAGUAGGUUCCCUCCAGAAAUCCAAUCAGAUGAUAAUACCGUAAAGUCUAUUGGUGUGGAUAUUCUUAUCGAAUUGAUUCAGGAAAUAUAUCAAAGAACAUCUGGUAGAAUCAAAGGGUUUCAUUUCUAUACGUUGAAUUUGGAAAAGGCUAUCGCUCAAAUCGUGUCGCAAUCCUCUGUCUUGUCUCAUAUCGUAAAUGAAUCUAGUGAAGAAGAAGGAGAAGAUGAAACCGGUGGCGAAAUAAGAAGUAUAGAAAAUAUACCGAUAGAAGACGCCGAUGGGGAUAUUGUACUAGAUGACUCGAAUGAAGAUACUGUCGCAAACCGGAAAAGGAGAAGACAUUCAAGUCUUGAUUCGGCCAAGCUGAUAUUCAAUAGGGCUAUCGUUACUGAAAAAGGUUUACGCUAUAAUAACGAGAAUGGUUCUAUGCCGUCUAAAAAGGCGUUAAUAUCUAUUUCUAAAGGUCACGGAACUUUGGGCCGUGAUGCCACUUGGGAUGAGUUCCCCAAUGGUAGAUUUGGUGAUUCUAGGUCUCCCGCAUAUGGUGAAAUCGACGGUUAUGGGCCAUCCAUCAAAGUGAGUAAAAACAGAGCACUUGAAUUAUGGGGCACGCCAAAGACGAUUGGAGAUUUAAAAGAUAUUUUUAUAAAAUAUUUGGAAGGUUCGACCGAUGCAAUUCCCUGGUCUGACUUAGGGUUAUCAGCUGAAACGGCAUUAAUUCAAGAAGAACUAAUUCAACUAAACUAUCGCGGAUAUUUGACGUUGGCAUCGCAACCGGCUACAAAUGCUACAUUGAGCAGUGAUAAAAUAUUCGGUUGGGGACCCGCGAAGGGGAGGUUGUAUCAAAAGGCAUUUGUGGAGAUGUUUAUUCAUAGGCAACAAUGGGAAACAACUUUAAAACCCAAGCUAGACCACUACGGACGUCGGAAAUUCAGUUACUACGCGGGCGAUUCAUCCGGUUCAUUUGAAACGAACCUAGACCCGCAUAGCUCUAGCGUUGUGACAUGGGGUGUUUUUCCGAACAGUCCGGUCAAACAGACUACAAUCAUUGAAGAAGAGUCAUUCAAGGCAUGGAGGGACGAAGCCUUUAGUAUCUGGUCUGAGUGGGGCAAGUUAUUUCCAAGGAACACUCCAGCCAAUAUUCUUUUAAGACAAGUACAUAGAGACUACUGUCUAGUCUCAAUCGUUCAUCACGACUUCAAAGAAACGGACGAGCUAUGGGAAAUGUUACUCGACCAAGCGUGA